UCCAGUAGGUCUGCUAUUAUGGUGGUAGGAGAUUCAAACAAAGAACAUCAUGGGAGGGUCUGUCCGCGAGUCCAGUGGGUCUGCUAUUAUGGUGGUAGGAGAUUCAAACAAAGAACUUCAUGGGAGGGUCUGUCGUGCAUAACAAUAGUGUUGCCAGCUCAAAGGUCAAGGUCAGACACGCAGUUCAACUCUCGAGUUCAUAGAAUCCCUAGCGGAUUAAGGGGACGGGCCUACAAAAUUAGAUAGUCCACGUCUUAUUAUAAAAGCUAAUAUAGUGAAGGUGAAAGAAAAAAGUUAAAAUCAUCAUUAUUUGUUUCAACAAAUUGAUAAGUACUCAAAAAUUGUAAUAAAACCCCAUACAAAACCUCUUUAGCAUUAAGUUACUGGAUUAUUUGAAUCAUAAAAGCUCAUUAUUGUGGACGAUUUGUAAGAUCAUGCAGGUCAAAUCAGAUAAACCUAUUUUGCAUAUCCGUACGCUGUCUUUACAUAUCUACAAAGACAGUACAUCAUUUAUCUCAAGGACAAGUCUUUAUCGACAUAAUUAUGAAAACUUAUGCCUUAGGCUGUGCACGAAUAGCCGUGUUUGCAGAAGUUCAUAACUUUUGAAAACAAUGAACGGACUCAGUUAUUCCCGGUGUUCGAGUGACGGAUCUUUUGACUAUACAACUGUUAAAGAUAUUUUAGAAAAAUGGUCUACAGUUCAGCCUGAGAAAGAAGCAUUUGUUGGAUAUGACGUCGACGGCAACCGGACGUCAAUAACGUCGCGACGGCUUUACGAAACAAGCGUCGCUUUCUCCAAAUUUGUGACGAAAAGUGGACUAACAAAAGGGAAGUGUGUAGUGUUUUGUACGAAAAAUUCGAUACAGAUGCUACAAGCGAUGUUUGGCGUUCAAAUUGCUGGCGGAAUACCGAUUUUCACGUCCUGUUCAAUGGUUGAUGGAAGUGACGUUAUCGAUCUUGUAGUGGACAGCAAUUCUACGUUGCUCGUCAUAGACGAAGCUGAUGGAUUAUUAUCAUCAUGUCUUUACGAUAAAAUAGUGAACUCCACGAGCGGCAACAAUAUAAAACAAGUGAAAAAUCUUAUCACAAUCGAAAACAGUGUUAUGAAGAAUACCAGUGCUGAAACGGGUGACACUUUAACAAUUGACCUAGCUUUGACUCUAUAUUCUGGUAUAAAACUACCUGAACUGUUCCCUGAAGAUAUUUCCGUGUACUUCAAUACAUCUGGUAGCACUGGGAAACCUAAACUAGUUGGCCACACCCACAUUUCGUGGCACAACAGCACCCACACCAUAUGCAACUUAAUGGAUGUGAAGUCUCGGUCGCGCUAUUUCUGUGAUCGGCCGUUUGGGUGGAGUGUGGGGUCUCCUAGGAUAUAUUUGGCGUCUGGAGCCACUCGCGUGUUUGCUGAUACCGACCUCUUCCUGAAAGGAGGAAAUACAGAUCGUCUGGCGGACAUAGUUCGGCGUGAACGCUGCUCUCACGUAUACAUGCCAGGCUACCUUGUGGCUGAUAUGGUGGCUCGGCCUGACCUCGCCCCAAACUUCACAACCGUACACAGCAUUAAAUGUGCAGGGGAAAGGAUAUCCGUGAGGCAUCGGGAGCUGUUGGGUCUGUUUUGCCGGAAGUUGGUUAUCUGGUACGGCUCCACGGAGGUCGCCGGGGUCGCCGCAUUCUCUAGUCCGCAGCCGGAACUGUAUUUACCGGGCAUCAUUGGCACACCGCUUCCUGGAUUCGAAAUAAAGCUGGUUGACGGUGGCGGAAACGUGAUACAUCAAGGACAGACCGGUGAGCUAUGUGUUCGUAGUGUCCACAGGUUUGUCGAGUACCGCUGUAUGCCCGAGAAAUUUUCACAAGCUGUUGACCCUGCUAACUGGUGCCACACUGGCGAUAUGUGUCAUAUGAACGCGGACGGGAACUUUAUAAUGGAGGGCCGCAAAAGUGACGUCAUGUCCAUAGGAACCGUCAAGGUGUUUCCUUACGAGAUAGAGAAGGUAUUUUUAGCGUGUACUGGUGCAGCGGAAGUUGCCGUCGUUCCUGUACCGGAUAUCCGGUUGUAUGAAUGCGCAUGCGCGUGUGUCAUUCCGAAGCAGGGUACCAAUAUGACCGUCAACGAUGUCUUUGAGUUUUGUGACGGUGCGUGGAAGCCUGACGCCAUUAUGAAGCCGCGACAUGUUAUUCUGUUUAAUCAGUUCCCUAACAACGAUUCGGGGAAAACGGAUAGGAAACUUCUGGCGCAAGAAGCGCGCAAACAACUGGGACUGGAGUAGAAGAAGUACAAAGUGUACAUAUAAAUUAAUAUUUGAAUACUCAGAAUGAUUUGAAUACUUUGUUAGUUCUUAUUUGUUAUGUUCAUGUGUACAUGAUAAAAGAACACAUAUCUGCCUCAUUGAUAUAGCCGCAUAUGUGUUUUAGGAUGCCGUUGAAUUUGGAUUGACAUAUUGUCAUGAACUUUUGAAAGAAGCAAGCUUAUGUGAAGAUGUACCUCAGGAUUCGAUUUGGAGUAUGUAGGGCCAUGGUCAAGGUCACAGUUACUAUAAAUAAGGGAAAGGUUUCGCUCAGUAACUUUAGUUUAUAAUAGAAAUUAUGAAAAUGGAGCGAAGGCGAAAGUUAAACCGCUCAGGCGUUUAUUUCAUGAAAUGAGUCGCGGCUUUUUUGAAUAUGGUAUUAAAGCAAAUACUGGGAUGACCUCGUAGUUUUUAUUCAUAAUGAUCAAGAUUGAAUAUUUUGGAACUGAAUUUGCUUGAUUGCCGGUUGUAUAUAUUAUAAAGAGCAUAUUAAAGGAAGAAACGUAAAUGCGAUUUGUAUUUGAAUAUUGUUACAGAAAUAUUUUAACUGUGCACUGACUAGCUGUCAAUGCGAUUUGAUAGCUGAUAAAACAUAUAUUUCCAAUUCGGCUUCAUUACGUAAGCUUCUACUGCCUGCCUACGACUGUGACCCUUAUGUGCCAAUCAUAGUUACUUCACGCAUGCGCAGACCGGGGUAGAGCUAUGUAUG